AUGCUCAGACAACACAGGGAAUUAAGCAUGUUCAAAACCAACGAAGAAGCCAAAAUCAGACCCAACAAAACUUACCAAUUAUUCGUAGCAGUAGCCAGUAAUCACCGGAAACUAAGUUUUAUAGAAAAAGAUGUGAGGAAUUACAUCACACGGGAAGUAGGGAAUGUGUCUGAACAAGACGACGCUAAAGAAUUCGGGAAGUACCUAUUAAGAAUGAAAGAGAAGAACCAAAAUUUCCUUUUCGAGCUCAACAUCGAAGGUGAUCACUUCAUCAAACAUGCAUUUUGGGCCGACGCAAGAAGCAGGGCGGUAUGCGAGUAUUUUGGAGAUGUCGUUUCAUUCGACACCAUGUACAACACAAACAGGUAUUCGGUUCACCCAAAGUAA